AACAAACGACCACUUUUGCAUAGUGCCUUAUAAGGUAGUCUUAAAUUCUCCACCUACAACCUAUUUGACAGCAUGCUGUGGAUUCGCAGUAUUCUGCCGCAAUGGCUGAUAGUCGCAUCUGGGGCUAAUGCCUUCGAUACGUCCGUAUUCAAUCCAAAACUCCCUGUCUUGGAGGACCCUGAUAUGGCCGUGCAACGCCUUGUGGAACUUCGGAUAGCACCUCCUGAUAUGUCGACGCUUGGGAGGAUCGACCAAGAGACCGUGAAAUUCUUAAAUCACUUUGGAGGCACACCAUUGCCAUUAUUUGGGGUCUCUCCUACACCAGAAAACGGGAAAACUACCAUUAUUCUGGAGGGAAUAGCACCUGAAGUUGGGUCGUCAGUCCAAGCAGAGUACGCUGACAUCAAUGUGGCCCCACAUUCUUCCUCGAUCGAAACCUCCCUGAAGUCGCUUUUUAAGAUGAAAGUCGGCGAUUCUGCUGAGUCCAAAGAAAGAUAUUGCAGUUUCUAUGCCAGCAAUGAGGAAACCGAGUUGUACGAGACUUUGAAGUGUCUCUCGGAUGCUCAGGUUCUGCAAGAUAUCCUUGGAGCUCUCGAGAAGGGGUUGCUCAAGCAUGCUGAUAUGCUUGAAUCUUGGGUUGACAUCACUCGAUCAGAGACACUUAUGAGGCUCGUGCUCAAGCCUGUGAAUACGCCUUCCGAUUCUGUUAACGUAACAGAGUCCCUUAAAUCGCUAUUUCGACAUCUAUCCGCUGUGUCCUCAGAGGUCACGACGUUGCUUUUAUCCAGGCCCACGAAGCCCACUGGGUUGAAUAAAAACCUACAAACUCGAAGCCUUGUCACUAAAGGGAGCUCCGCCAAGCUGGUCAACUUGAGAUUUGAGCAGCAGGACCCAAUCCCUGUGGUUCUAUCACCCAUUUGCCAUGCUUCAGAAUCCUCUUGUUCCGAGUCAACGAAUAACUGCUCAGGGCAUGGAUACUGUUACAAAAAAUCUGGCUCAGGCGAAACAACUGUUAACGAUUGUUACGCAUGCAAGUGUCAGGAAACUACCAUUAGGAAACAGGAUGGCACUAUACAAAAAGCACAAUGGGGAGGAUCGGCAUGCCAGAAGAGAGACAUCAGUUCUCCUUUCUUCUUGAUUGCAGGUGUUACAGUUAUAGGGGUUCUGACUAUAAGUACAGCGAUUGGUUUGCUAUUUCAAGUCGGACAGGCCGAACUGCCUAGUGUCAUAAGUGCUGGUGUUAGCGGCACAAGGACUCAGAAAUAACGAGGAAACCAAAUCCAAUUCAUUAUCCUAUUUCCCUUUUCUCCUUUCUAUCUCCUUGAUUGUUUCUCGCGCGUCGAUUGUCUAGACAAUGGUGUCGUUGCAUUGCUGGCUUAGUAUAGAAUAACACUACUGUAUUUGAGUCGAUGUCUCCGAGCCAAUAAUUUCACGAGUGGGCA